AAAUACUCCUCUGUAGAUUUUAUUAUGUAGAUUAGUCAUCCUUUAAAUGGAAUAAACGAAACUGAAAUUCUUAUUUCCCUGCCCAGUUGUGCUCCAUGGGAUGCCUGUGCAUGGAGGGCAAUGUUCAGGUGCCCUGGAGCUGGUAUGGUCAGUGGGAUUAGCCAAACAUGUAGUGUCAUCAAGCUGUGCUAGCCCAAUGCAUUCUUCUCACCUGUAGAGAUGCAACCACCGCAUGAAGAUAACGUGUCACAAGAGAACACAACAGAACUGAACAUGCAGGUUCCUGAAGAGCCACCACAGGACCAACCUGUGAUGAGGGACACUCAUGCCUCAGAAAUGUCCCCGAAGCCACAUACUGAGAAAGACUUGGACCCAGUUCUAGGGCCCAUUACAACAGAAGACCCUCUACGGAUGGUGUUGAAGCAAACAAGCAACUGGAGAUGGUUGCCGAAGAGCCAGCAAGCGUCCCACCUUUGGAAAAGACAAUCCUUCUAAUCUAUUCAUUCACGUUUUAUUUAACUAAGUUGGUA